UCUCAGAAUUCAAAUAGCCUAGACGCCUCUGCUACAACAGCAGCAACAAACCGAACAGACUGCUAACCACUGCAAUCAAUCCUCGAGCCGAAAACCUGCGGGUGUCAGUUAUUUUUUGGGGAGGGAAGCAAGUGAAGACUCCGCUCUAUUCCGAAUCGCCCGACAGGUUGUCAAGAACAGGGAGACGGAAACUUGACAGCGCGACACACAGCAGUACCAAAGAAAAGGAAAUUUUAUUUCCAGGGGAAACAAACCGCUCAGAAAAACAACCAAAAAUGAAGCCCCUAAGCAUUGCCGUCGUAUUAGUGGUUCUCAGCUUCUGCGUCCUCCAGAACGCAGCUCUUCCCUACGCCGAGGCACGGGUGCAAGAGACAGAAGGAAACAACGUUCAAACUGAGGAGACCCUACAAACAGCAGCAGCAGCAGUGGAGACGGAUCCCCUGGUUCUCUCCAGGACGAAGCGUCAUCACAGCAUCGUAUCCCUGUGCCGUUAUUGUUGCAACUGCUGUAAAAACAAAGGCUGCGGAUACUGCUGUCGGUUCUGAAGGGGACGUCUCGCGAGAACCACAAAACCAGCUUCAGGAUGUUCAAAUCCGAACAAGGCCGCCCGAGUUUAUGAACUGCACCUAAACUAAUGCCUUAAUUUUAUUUCUUUCCAUCGGUUAUAUGGUCAUUUUUGGUACACCUGGUGCCAAAAUCAUUGUACUCAAUAGAUGAGUUCAUUCUAUAUGUGGAUGGGCCCUGCUAUCUAUUUGUCAUACUACACGCACACCACGUCUCUUGUAUUACCACGUUUUGUAUUCUUGUGUAAAUUAUAGUUUGAGUUCUGUUUAGCCAAAAAAAAAAAAGAAUUAAAGUUGCAGUCUGUGUUAUAUAGUAUAUAGUAACACAGACUGUAACUUUAAAUGGUUGGACUUUAAUAUAUUGAAGUUUAAUAUAUAUAUAUUUAUAUAUGCUGGACAUUGUAUUUCUAUAUGUAUAGCCUAAUUCCUCAUCAGUUUUCUAUUGUUUCAAUGUUUUAAAAAAAAGACAAUAUGGUAAGGUCAAGCCAAUAUUCUAAGCCAAUGUUUGUGAAAUGUGGUAUGUAUGUGUAAUCUAUGUAAAUAAACUAUUCUGAUUAUUCUG